CGGGCUGGGAGCAGCCCAGCGGCGCAGCAGCUCCUCUGGGCGGACUCUCCCACUGUAACCACCGCCUCUUUCUCCAGCUACACUGGGACAGAUUUAUGCUCCAGCUUUCUUAUUUAUGAGCACCAGUCCACCCCCCCAGGACCCCUCUAGGACGGUGUGACCGCGCAAAUGAAGUGUGAAGACGACAUGGGAAGCCCCGUGUACCCGAGAUGACCGACGAUUUGGUCCAAAUAAUCGCUUCUUUUUGUCGCCAGAGAGGGAAACUUAAAACAAGGCUUGUUUUUGGAGUUCCACCUCCCCUCCUCUCUCCCCGUAGGAUUUGAUUCAAAGGCGAAAACCAAGAUGGCCGCCGAUUCCGUGCAGGGGGAUGCCAGGGGCCAGCUGGUGGCGGAGCGACUGGGUCUGGGACACAACCUGGACCUGUCCGAUACCAUGGUCCAGCAGAAGUUGGACGAGAUCAAGGAGCAGAUCCGCCGCGAGAUCCGCAAGGAGCUGAAGAUCAAAGAAGGUGCUGAGAACCUACGAAAGGUCACCACAGACAAGAAAAGUCUGGCGUAUGUUGACAACAUGCUGAAAAAAUCUAACAAGAAAGUUGAGGAGCUUCACCAGGAGCUGCAGGAGCUCAAUGCCCACAUCGUGGUCAAAGACCCCGAAGAACUGCUAGAAUGCCCUUUGACCCCAGAUACCCCCAACAGCGAGGCGAGAAUGUGCACCAGUAGCAGCCGCCUGGCCGCCCUGAAGAGACAGAACGACAUCGAGCUCAAGGUCAAGCAGGGUGCAGAGAAUAUGAUUCUGAUGUACUCCAACGGGCCCUCCAAGGAUCGUAAAUUGCUAGCGACCGCACAGCAGAUGCUUCAGGACAGCAAGACGAAGAUCGAGUUCAUCAGGAUGCAGAUCCUCAAGGCCAGUCAGGCAAGCGAGCUGAGCUUCGAGAGCAAUGAUGUGAUGGACAAGCCCAUCAUCAGCCCGUUGGACCUGCGGGUGGAGGAGCUGUGUCACCAUGCCAAGAUAGAGUCGGCUGUGGCCGAGGGAGCCAAGAACGUUAUGAAACUCUUGGGUUCGGGAAAAGUCACAGAAAAAAGGGCACAUUCAGAGGCUCAGGCUCGUUUUAACGAGUCCAGUCAAAAGCUCGACCUCCUGCGAUAUUCCUUGGAGCAGCGCCUCAAUGAGUUGCCAAAAAACCACCCUCGCAGCAACAGCAUCGUGGAGGAGUUGUCCCUGCUGUCCUCACCGGCCCUCACCAGUCCCAGAUCCAGCAUCAUCUCCACGCAAAACCAGUACAGCACCGUGACCAAGCCCGCCGCACUCACAGGCACGUUAGACGUCAGGCUCAUGGGCUGUCAGGACCUUCUGGAAAAUGUCCCCGGUCGUUCCAAAGCUGCGUCUAUCCCGCUGCCCGGCUGGAGCCCCAGCGAGACACGCUCGUCCUUCAUUAGCCGAGCAAACCGCAACCGCGGUGUGAGCUCGCGGAACCUGACAAAGAGCGAGGAGCUCUCCAAUGAGAUCAGCGCAGUGUUGAAGCUUGACAACACAGUAGUCGGCCAGACAAGCUGGAGGUCGGUUAGCAACCAAGCCUGGGACCAGAAGUUUACAUUGGAGCUGGACCGGUCUCGUGAGCUGGAGAUCUCGGUGUACUGGCGGGACUGGCGUUCGCUCUGUGCUGUCAAGUUCCUGCGGCUGGAGGACUUCCUGGACAACCAGCGUCAUGGGAUGUGUCUGUACCUGGAGCCACAGGGAAUGCUUUUUGCUGAGGUAACAUUUUUCAAUCCUGUCAUUGAGAGACGACCAAAGCUGCAAAGACAAAAGAAGAUUUUCUCAAAGCAGCAAGGUAAAACCUUCCUGCGAGCCCCUCAGAUGAACAUCAACAUCGCCACCUGGGGCCGCUUGGUGAGAAGAGCCAUACCGACCGUCAGCACCAACUCCUUCAGCCCGCAGGCGGCUGAGACUGGGCCCAGCAGCCUGCCUGGUUCACCCACACCCAGCAGCGACCCGCUGGUGACCAAGCUGGACUUUGACAAAGAGCCCACCCCAGGACCCAAACACUACCCGACCCCUGACAACAUCCGAGAACCACUGGUGCAGGAUAAGAUGCCCGACAAGGAGGAAGUACAGGACGCACUCGCCUCGUUUGACUUCUUGAACAAGAGGAACAGCAUAGCGUUGAAGCCGGACCUGGACAGGGUGGCGGAGCAGGAGCUGCAGCAUCCAGACCUGGAGCUCACCGCCAUCCAGAAAGACGCAGAGAUAAGGGAAGAAGAGCAGUUUCACUUCAGUCUCCAAGACUUCAAAUGUGUGGCAGUCCUCGGACGUGGCCACUUUGGAAAGGUGUUGUUAGCAGAAUAUAAAAGCACAGGAGAGAUGUUCGCUAUCAAAGCUCUGAAGAAAGGAGACAUUGUGGCUCGUGAUGAAGUGGACAGUCUGAUGUGUGAGAAGAGGAUUUUUGAGACGGUCAACAGCGUCCGCCACCCGUUCCUGGUCAACCUGUUUGCGUGUUUCCAGACGCAGGAGCACGUGUGUUUUGUCAUGGAGUACGCAGCUGGAGGCGACCUGAUGAUGCACAUCCAUGCUGAUGUUUUCUCUGAGCCCAGGGCUGUAUUUUAUGCAGCCUGCGUCGUGCUGGGAUUACAGUUCUUACAUGACCAUAAGAUUGUGUACAGAGAUUUGAAGCUAGACAAUCUGCUCCUGGAUACAGAGGGAUAUGUGAAAAUCGCUGACUUUGGGCUUUGCAAAGAAGGAAUGGGUUUCAGGGACCGCACCAGCACGUUCUGUGGCACACCAGAGUUUUUAGCUCCCGAGGUUUUGACUGAAACGUCGUACACUCGCGCUGUGGACUGGUGGGGGCUGGGCGUCCUUAUCUUCGAGAUGCUGGUCGGGGAGUCGCCGUUCCCCGGUGACGAUGAGGAGGAGGUGUUCGACAGCAUCGUCAACGAUGAGGUCCGCUACCCACGGUUCCUGUCGACCGAGGCCAUCUCCAUCAUGAGGAGGCUUCUGAGGAGGAGUCCAGAGCGACGACUGGGAGCAGGAGAAAGGGAUGCAGAGGAGGUUAAAAAGCAUCUAUUCUUCAGGAGCAUGGAUUGGAAUGGACUGUUGGCCAAGAAAGUGAAGCCGCCGUUCGUGCCGACCAUCCAGGGCGCCAACGACGUCAGCAACUUCGAUGAUGAAUUUACCUCAGAGGCUCCGAUCUUAACCCCGCCCAGGGAACCCCGAGCGCUGAACUCCGACGAGCAGCACAUGUUCUCUGACUUUGAUUACAUCGCUGACUGGUGUUAGCUUCACCUGACCCGCCCCCCCCUUCCCAUUUACACACACACACACACACACACACACACACACACACACACACACACACACACACUGUGAACCAAGCAACGCAGCGAUGACUGUAGCUCACAUCUUUUAAAACUUUCCUCUUCCUUGGCCAAAGUGUUGAGGAGGAGCAGCGAGCAGAAACUCUGUGCCAUUGAGAAGAAACUCCAGACGCCUCCUGAGGACCCCGACUUUUUUUUUUUUUUUUUAAACCCACAUGAAGAACGAUUUUUUUUAAAGAUACAGAAAACAAAUGAAACUCUGUUGUUGAAGAGUGAAGAGGGAAGGAUGCUUCGUCCUCCUGUACACGUCGUCGUCGUGUCCAUUGUCUGACCACUGAGAAUGUUUUUCAUGUGAACUCUGAGGAGACGGCAACAUCACAAUCAUGUUAUUCAGUGUCACUGUCUUUAGUUUUUUGGGUUUUUUUGAUCUGUACAGAUUAUAUUCAAUUGUGUAUUUUAUUGUUGUGUUUUCUUUCUUCCUUUUAAUUGCGAAGCCCUCGCCAUUGCUUAAGGACAUUUUAUCUCACUGUCAAAUUUGACAUUUCCGCCAGGACCGCGUCUCAAACUGGUGUUCAGUGAAUUUCAAGUGCUCAAAGUAUUCAUCACUGAACGGUCAACUACAACAAACAUCUUGACUACUACUGCUGCUUCUUGACUUGAAAUCCAAGUGAGAGUCUUCACACUACGUUUCUUUUCGUGUAGGGGCCCAGUUGUUUUUUUGUUUUUUUUUUGUCCACAACCUGUUUUUUCAACCUCACUUUGCUCACCUGAAGCCUCCAUGUCUGCAUUCAUACAACAACCCACAUAAUAACGCUCUUGUAGUAUAAAGAAGCAAUCCAUGCAGUUACCAUCACACAGUUUCAUUUGGAGGUGAGUUGGAGUUUGAAUCGCCAGCGAGGGCGUAAUUCAAAAUGUUUAUUUUCUUCAGUCUGGCGCCCUCUAGUGGCUCUUUAUCUUGAGGUGAAUAUUCAGCUGAACUCAGUUGUGAAGGAAUAAGAGCCAGUUGGUGUUGCACUUGGAGCAAUUCAAAAUGUUUUUGUUUUUUUUCAGAGCUGAGUUCAGUUGGUUUUUUUGGGGGGGUUUCAUUCCUCAGUGAACAGCUGGUUGUGGUGGACCUGACGGAGCUUUUUUUUUUCUCUCGUUACCUCAGUCGAAGUGAAAACACUAAAGUGAGUCGUGCAGUUACAGCUAACAAAACCAAAUUGAUCCUGUCCCUCUUGAAGCAGCAGACAAACAACAAUUAAUGUUUUUUUUGUUUUGUUUUGCUUUUUGUAAAUUAGAUUGAUGAACUGACAGAUGAAGCAGCUCCAGUGUUGAGCCGUUUGUUGGGAACACGUUAAACUCAGUUAUUUGAGGUCUCUGUCAAAAUACCAUUUAAAUGCUUCCCACACUGCUCUGUGAUCAGUUUAAUGUUUGGAUGACUUCCUGUCGAUUUGCAUGUUUAUAUAUAAACUGACUCAAAUGUUGGAGACCUGUUGAUAUGAAUCACUACAGGGGAGGGCAGGGUAUAUUAUAUAUACAUACUGUAUGUACACAAUUAAGCUGAAAGCACUAAUUUUAUCAAUAGUUUUUAAUUAUCUACGUUUCUUAAUGAUGAAAAUAGAUUGUACAGUGUUUUUUUUUUUUAUUCUUUGCUUGUGCAUGUUGUUGCCAGAACAGGCAAAAACUUUAUGGAUGGUACACACCAACACUCAUGUCAAACAGCUGUUCAGCCCGGUGUAAAAAAAAAAAAAAAGAAAAGGCAUUUCUGCAGUCGUUUGUUGCCCAUCAUGAAUGCACAGAUUAAACAUUUGUAAUA